AUGAGUAACCGCACUCCUUACGAAGUUGCGCAGAACGCGGUGUUUUGGAUCGACCAGUUCACUUCCUUCUUCGAAAAUAUCUGCGAGCGAGAGGGACCGUCUCGACCUAAAUACGCGAGGCGGUACGAAGACGUGCCGGGUCCAAUGGCGACUUGGAUCUCCAGGACCGAGUGCCAUAAAGAUCUACCACCCCGCACGUCGACUGCACCGAGCUUCUUCCCCGAUUGCUGGAAGGCGGACAUGAACGCCAAGUUCUCACAGAUUACAUUGGCGACUGCGUCGAGACGCUGGGCGUCGACAGGCCCAGGCCCGUGGUUCGACCGCAAACGUUUCCCGGUCAUUCAGAAGACGUUGGCAGAGGUGGUGGACAAUGCGUACCCCUUUUGCCGCGGUGUCGCUCGCGGUGUGGGCGGGGAGAUGGAGGGAGGGAAGGUGGACAUUCCACUGAUCGAGUUCCUCCACAAAAACUUUCAAGAGCCGGUGGACGAUGAGUAUCCGCCGGGCAAGAUCAAGGAGUGCCACGAGCGUUGGUGCGAGACCAACUGGCUGGAUCCCUUGAAGGACGCGAAGUCUGCCAGUGCGCGUUCAUCCGAGCCUGAAGCCGAAUAG